AUGACGGUCGCAACAGCCCCAACUCCUCCUGACUUGUCCAAACCACCCGCCGAUAAGUUAGAAAUACAUACGCAAACAACAGGAAAUGAUGGUGGCUCGAGCAGUGGUGCCGCUAAAGAAGUUUUCGUCACUCCUGAAGAGGUUGAAAGGCAGGUAAAACUUGGACUUCUGCUGGUUCAACUUGGCGCAGCGAAGGAAAAUCAGAUUUUUGGUCCACGUGGUCUCAUGACUCCUCCACGGGAUCUUCUUGUAAUUAAUCGGUAUGAGGACAGUAAGGAGGCUCGGCGGCCAUUCAAAUGGUACGAUCCCAUUUCAUGGUUCCUCAGUGGUCCGAAACCUUCACCCAUGUUUUGGAGCCCAUCACCAUUCAGAAAUGAGGAGCAGGAGCGAGCCGUCACCACAUCACCCACAGCGGCGUCAGGGACGGCAGCGGCCACUCAAACACCUGAAAUCGGACCAGCGACAUCGUUGGCUCCUGCUGUAAAGAAAAUACGUGCCAUCCCACCUGUUGAUAUGCGGCCACUUGGGGAUGAUGUGCAUUUGGAGGCAGCCGUGCGACUUGACCGUGAGAAACUUUUAAAGGAUGAGGAGACAUUACACAAGAUGCUAAACGGUGUUGAGGAUACUCGUCAUGCUUAUUUAGUCCCUGCGCAGGAGCUUCAGUGCGAGGAUGAGGUGCUUGCGGUCGUGCAGUGCUACGAAAAACAUGUUUCUGCCAUACAAGCCGCUUCCGGGAGUGGAAUGUCCAAUUCGGGGAAGAUUUUAUCCGAGGGUGCGGCUUUGGAGCUUCCGGUUAUCGCAGAUGUGUUGCAAUGUGGGCCGGUUGUAUCGCUGCUUCGGCGUUGUGCUGAGGGUGUUGUUGGGGCGUACAGCCAGAAGGAUGUUGCCGUGCAGCUAUGA